AUUCUAGCAUCUACCCUCUGUUGUCCGUGGAAGGAGCAGUGAUGUCACCCGGCGGUGAGGCACACAUGGGGCAAUGAUCGGCCAAUAGGCGCAGCUGUCGGGGGUAUGCGGCUACGGGUAGUAUAGUGGCUCAAAUUUAGCAACAUGAGCUCCCAGAGGGGGAACGUGCAGCGCUCCCGGCCGCAGAAGCACCGGAACGCGACGGUAUUUAAGAAUGACAAACAUGAUAACAGCUCCCAGACCAAGAAGAUAAACUCUAAGCAGCAUGAUGGAGUAUGCCAACACUGCAAGGACGUGCUGGAGUGGCGUGUGAAAUACAGCAAGUACAAGCCGCUAUCUCAGCCUAAGAAAUGUGUGAAAUGUCUCCAGAAGACUGUGAAGGAUGCCUAUCAUAUCAUAUGCAAACCGUGUGCCAUUCAGCUUGAACUCUGUGCCAAGUGUGGAAAUAAGGAAGACAUUGUUUUACCAGUCCUAAAAGAACCAGAAAAUGACAAAUCUACAGCUAGCGAAGAAAUGGAUAGAACCUACGAAGACUUAGAUUUGGAGUCUUCAGACGAUGAACUAUCUGAAGAGAAAGAAGCAGUGAAUAUGAGCACAGCGGUGGCUAGCAGUUAACAUUCCAGAAAAUCUCUGUAAUAAGUGGCUCUGUAAUGAGUGCCUUUAGAUCCAAACACCCUUUCAAAGACUCAGCCCUUAUUCACCAUUUCUAUUCUUUGAGUUUUAAAGCGGUUACUGCAUCUCUAGGCGCUCCUGUGUUUUGCCUGUAAAAUACAUGUAAUUAUUUUUAUUUUAUAAACUUCAAAAGUAGAUGUGA